AUGAUGCUGAGGUCUCCUCUGCCGGCGGCUGUAGCUUUUCACACAGCCUCUCAUGUUUCGUUCCCUCUUUUCUUCUUCUUUUUAACUAGCGCGCGGGGAGGUGCUGCCACCGCGCGCCCCUUGACGUCACCGCUUCUCGCGCGCCCCCGCCCGGGCAGGGGGGAGGGGCGGGGGCGGCCCCGGCGCGAGCGCGUCCCUCGGCCCCGCGGGCCUCGGGAGUGCGGCGGGGAGGGGCCACGGGCCGCGGCGGCGGGCAGAGGGGGAGGGCCCGGCGGAGCCCUCGGAGCCAGCCUCGAGGGCGCGGAACCCAGCGCGCCCGCCUGGCCGUACCGCCCGGGUGGGGGCGUGCACCGCCUUGGUGCCCCGGCCCGCCCGCCCGGUACUGGGGCGCCGCCAGGAGGCUCCCCGCCCGUCCUCUCUCCUCCCACGGCCCCUCCGCACGACCCCAGGCGUGAGGCGGCCGAGCUGAGGCUCCCAAAGAAAAGGGAAAUUGCAAAGCCCAUCUAGAGCCAGAGUGACAGCAUAUUUUUUUAUGAAUCAAGAAUCAACAUCGGGCUAUUUCCUAAGUAUAGACCAUGAAAGCCCACUUGGAGGCUGCACAGCUAUCUGCACACUUGAACCUGAAAAAUGGUCUUUUGCCAUCAGGGAGCUGAAUCAUCAGAAGUGGUGAGAAGAAGAGACCCCACCCCCACCCCACCCGACCAAACUCAUCCAGACAGAUUAGGCAAGGAAUGGAGCUGUACAAGGGUGGCAGAUCACCAUCUUCUGCUUAGACACCACAGAGUGGUCCAUCUAGGACUGCCACCUACAUGCUGAUUGUACCCUGUGCAAAGCAUUCAGCUGAGGCAGCAAAUGGGAGCUGAAAUCCUGCUCGUGCUCCACUCGCCAAGUCAUGUCUGCCCAGAUGAUGUGUGGCUCUUUUUUCUAAUUUGUACCAAAGCACCCUGUAUGGGCAGGUGGCAAGUCUGACCAUCCCUCUCCUAUUUCCCAGUCCUACCCAGGAUUAUACUCCUUACCUUGUGUGACCUCAUGAACAAGUUAGGUUUUUAGUCAAAAGAGGAAAUUUUUGACCGAAAUUGAAAUUAAUUUCAUAGUUAAAUUUCAAAAUAUUGCCAUAGAUAGGAGUUACGUGUGUAUGCAAUUACACAUGCAUGUUUAUACAGUUAUGUGGGCACACUUGUCUGUGUAUCAGAACUUGGCACAACUUAAAUUUGGUAAAUGUUUAAAAUAAAGCUUUUGGGUAUGAGAA